CAUCAAUGUCAAUAUUGUCAGUGAGUUGUCAAACGAAAUUGUCUAUUCCUUUUCCUGUAUAAAUUUGCCCUGAGAGAAGCAAAAUGGGUCGUUACUCUCGGGAACCAGAUAACCCAGCUAAGUCAUGCAAAGCUCGUGGCUCGAACCUUCGUGUUCACUUCAAGAACACCUAUGAAACAGCAAUGGCAAUUAGGAAACUGCCACUUCGCCGUGCUGUCCGUUACCUUAAAAAUGUUGUUGAGAAGAAGGAAUGCAUUCCUUUCCGGCGCUUCAACGGUGGCGUCGGUCGUUGUGCACAGGCUAAGCAAUUUGGAACCACACAGGGACGCUGGCCCAAGAAAUCUGCAGAGUUCCUUCUCCAGCUUUUGAGGAAUGCUGAAUCUAAUGCUGACUAUAAAGGUCUUGAUGUCGACAGGCUGGUCAUUGAUCACAUUCAGGUAAACCGCGCCCCCUGUCUACGCAGGCGUACGUAUCGCGCGCACGGUCGUAUCAACCCCUACAUGUCGUCUCCCUGCCACAUCGAGGUAUGCCUCAGCGAGCGGGAGGACGCCGUCGCCAGGGCAGCGCCCGCGGACGACGCGCCCGCCAAGAAGAAGUUGUCUAAGAAGAAGCUGGCUCGCCAAAAGGAAAAGAUGAUGAGAGAAUAGAUAUGUAAGGGUUAAUAAAUGACUUCAAAAAA